CCGCCGGGCCGGGAGGGAGUGAGCGACCGGGCCGUGCCGUGUGGGACCGCCGCCAUGAGCCGCCUCAGCCUCCCUGUCGCGCUCGGCGCCCUCCUGGCGCUGGCGGCGGCUGGGCCCACCCAGUUCUUCCGGGAGGAGUUCGGUGACGGAGAUGCCUGGACCCGCCGGUGGGUGGAAUCGAAGCACAAGCCUGACUAUGGCCGGUUCGUCCUCACUGCUGGGAAGUUUUACGGUGAUGCUGAGAAGGACAAAGGGAUCCAGACAAGCCAGGAUGCCCGGUUCUACGCCAUCUCCUCCCGCUUUGAGCCCUUCAGCAACCGGGACAAGACACUGGUGGUGCAGUUCACAGUGAAGCAUGAGCAGAACAUCGACUGUGGUGGUGGCUAUGUCAAGCUCUUCCCGGCCAGCCUGAACCAGGAGGACAUGCAUGGUGACUCGGAGUACAACAUCAUGUUUGGCCCCGAUAUCUGCGGCCCUGGCACCAAGAAGGUCCAUGUCAUCUUCAACUACAAGGGGAAGAAUGUCCUGAUCAACAAGGACAUCCGCUGCAAGGAUGAUGAGUUCACCCACCUCUACACGCUGGUGGUCCGGCCUGACAACACCUAUGAGGUGAAAAUCGACAAUGGGCGGGUGGAAUCAGGCAGCCUGGAGGAGGACUGGGACUUCCUGCCCCCCAGGAAGAUCAAGGACCCUGAGGCCCGGAAACCUGAUGACUGGGAUGAGCGGGCCAAGAUUGAUGACCCCGAGGACACCAAGCCUGAGGACUGGGACAAGCCAGAGCAUAUCCCUGACCCUGAUGCCAAGAAGCCAGAGGACUGGGAUGAGGAGAUGGAUGGGGAGUGGGAGCCCCCUGUCAUCCAGAACCCUGAGUACAAGGGCGAGUGGAGGCCCCAGCAGAUUGACAAUCCUGACUACAAGGGGAAGUGGGUGCACCCUGAGAUCGACAACCCUGAGUACAGCCCUGACCCCCACCUCUACGCCUAUGACAGCUUUGGGGUCAUCGGCCUUGACCUCUGGCAGGUGAAGUCUGGCACCAUCUUUGAUAACUUGCUCAUCACGGAUGACGAGAAGCUGGCAGAGGAGAUCGGGAAUGAGACCUGGGGGGCUACCAAGGAGGCAGAGAGGAAGAUGAAGGAGCAGCAGGAUGAGGAGCAGCGGAAGAAGCAGGAGGAGGAGGAGAAGCAGCAGAAGGAGGAGGAGGGGGAUGAGGAGGGGGACGGGGAUGAGGAGGAGGAGGACGACGAGGAGGAGCCUGAGGCCGAGGCUGAGGAGGUGGCCCCGCGGGAUGAGCUGUGAGGGGCGGUGUGGCCUGGCCGGCCCCGGGGCGGGACCGUAAUGUCUCUGUGAGACCUGGACUCUUUUCUAUGGGCGCCGCCGCCCGCCCGGCCGCGGGAGUGGGGGCCGGGCCGG